AUGCACAACGAGUUUUAAUCCCACAAAGGCAAAAAAUAGUUAAAAAUUGAGUCAUUUUUGUAAGGGAAAAUAAUAAAAGCCAAAAAACUGAAUAAUAGUUUUCUAUUUCACAAUUCAAGAAUGAUAUCACUCUAAAAUAAUGGAAUGCUUGUCUAUUAUAGUAAUUGUUUCAAAUGGCCCUCUAAAUAAUUUGAUUAACAUAAAAAAAAACCAAAAUGUGGGGUAUAUUUUAACAAUGUCUAUCAUUCGUGUGUACAAAAUUCAGAGAGUGAAAUUGAACUGAUCGUGAAAUUUCAGAAAUUUUAGCUUUAUCAUUUUGAAAAUACAUAUGAAAGUUAUGUUAAGGAGCCAAGAUGUUCAGAUAUAGUGCUCUGGAUUUUCAAUAUACCAAUAAAUAACCUUGAGCUUAAUCAAAAGUUUCAGUCAGUUAGAGACAUCGACAAUUUUCAUUCAUUCUACACAAUUAAAGUAGCUAAUUAAGAUGAAAAGACUCAGAAAAGUAUAUCGUAAUAAGUCAAGACUGAAAAAACUACAAUUGAAUAAAGAAUAAAUAACAAAGAUUUCAAAAAUAAAAAAUAAGUAUAAUGGCUGGAUUUACAACCUGAGAACCUCAAUCAUUAAGACCAUUAAUUCCCUGAUCUUGUAAUUAAAAGUAAAUAAUUCAGUUAUGAUGAUGCAUGGUUAAUAAAUGAAGAGUGUAUCGAUCUGUAAAUGAAAAAUAUGUAAAUUAAAAGAUCCUCCCUCCCUUGCCUCAUCUCCUCCAAAAAACAAAAUUGA